AUAAGCCUUACAUCAAGCUAAGCCAUAAACCCUAACAAAGUGGGCACUCCCUCAUGUCAAAAGGAAGUCAUUAUCCCCCUUAGCCUCAAUCACUGGGCAAUCAAGAUAUUCGAAAGGAGUAGUAGCCUUCAUGGAAUAAAAAGUGCUAAUGAAAUUGCACUGCUUUUUUCCUAAGUUCUUUAAUAUUUCAUUUUCUCCUUAAAAUACAAGCAUAUUCCUUUAAAUAUUUUAAUUGAUUUGAGAAUACAGGCAAAAUAUAGCAGCAGUAUAUUUUAUUCUUUGAGACAAACAUUUUACAUUUUUUUCACAGAAUCUAGCUAGCUUAUGUACCGUAUGUAUGUCCUAUAUGUAUGUAUGUAUUUGCUUAGUGUCAGUUAUGUGCCUUUGAUGGUACUUGUGCAUGCAAGGAAAAAGCUAAUGUACAUGUGAAUAUAACUCCUACACACUCAGUAUCACAAGUGUUUCUAUGGAAACCCGUAUUCUAAUAUUUCAAAGGGCAAUGGAAAUUCAUAAAUGCUUUAGACAUCAACUUGGUUUGGCAUACACAUAGCAGCUAUUUGCAUAAGGUAUGUUCCUUAUGGAGAGAACUAGUUCCAAUAACUCUUUAUUCUCACUUUCUUUUCUCUACCAUAACAAAACAUAUUUGUCAUUCACCCCCAUAAACCUUCCCCUUUGACAGGAACAACACUCUCCUCCCACCCCUUUCCCUUCAAAGGAAGUACAGUGAUGGCUGAAAGAAACCUGAGUGUGGAGACAACCUUUGCCCUCUUGGGAUUCACAGAUUACCCAGAGCUUCAGAUUCCUCUUUUCCUUGUGUUUCUGAUCAUGUACAGUGUCACCGUGGUAAGGAAUCUUGGGAUGAUAGUGAUCAUCAAGAUUAACCCCAAAUUUCAAACCCCCAUGUACUUUUUCCUUAGUCACCUUUCUUUUGUUGAUUUUUGUUACUUCUCUAUCGUUACUCCAAAGCUGCUUGAAAACUUGGUCAUGGCAGAUAAAAGCAUCUUCUACUUUAGCUGUAUGCUCCAGUUCUCCCUGUCCUGCACUGCAGUGGUGACUGAGUCCUUUCUGCUGGCAGUGAUGGCCUAUGACCACUUUGUGGCCAUCUGCAAUCCUCUGCUCUAUACAGUGGCCAUGUCACAAAGACUCUGUGCCCUGCUGGUGGCUGGCUCAUAUCUGUGGGGGAUGUUUGGCUCCUUGGUACUCCUUUGCUAUGCUCUCCUUCUAGACUUCUCUGGACACAAUGUAAUCAACCACUUUUUCUGUGAGUAUACUACUCUCAUAGCUGUCUCUAGCUCUGAUAUAUGCAUUCCCCAACGUCUGCUUUUUGGGUUUGCCACCUCCAAUGAGGUGAGUACACUACUAAUCAUUCUCACUUCAUACGUUUUUAUUUUUGUGAGUGUACUAAAAAUCCAAUCUGCCAGUGGACAUCGCAAAGCCUUCUCCACCUGUGUCUCCCACCUGACUGCCAUCACCAUCUUUCACGGGACCAUCCUUUCCCUCUACUGUGUGCCUAACUCCAAAAACUCUUGGCAGACAGUCAAAGUGGCCUCUGUAUUCUACACAGUGGUCAGCCCCAUGCUGAACCCCCUCAUCUACAGCCUGAGGAACAAAGAUGUGAAAGAUGCAUUCUGAAAGUUAAUAGGUGCAAAAGUCCUAGUUCACUGACCCAAACUCAAAACACUGUUGGAGUCCCAAUGAGCAACUGGACCAGAACCUACAAUGCUUGUAAAAUCUGUAGGAUGUAUUUGUACGA